AUGGCGUCGGAGACAGCGGACAAGGACGCGUCGCCCGCUGUGGCGUCUACAUCUAAAGACGAGAUCGUCGGUGCGAGCGAAAAAUCGAGUCAAAACACGGAGGAUUCAAUUAAGAACUCUCAAGGCAACGAAGAUGCCGAUACCGGGGAGACUAAGCAACAGGAUGAGCCUGCAGCUGCCAACGACGUGGAGAUGAAGGAAGCUGAUGAGGGAAAGGACGAGGAGGUGAAUCCCACUACUACGGUAGAAGAAGACGUAGAUAUGGUGGAGGCAAAGGACGAGACGGAAGAGAACGCUGCUGACGACGACAAAGCAGCGUCUAAGAACUUGUCAGGUGAAUUGCGUACGGAGGAGAAUGAGGCAAAGACGGAAGAUGAAGAGCCUAGCACUGUUAAAGCGAAGGAGGCUGCCGCAGAUGCGGAGGCUGCUGAGAGUGGUGAUGUGGACAUGAAGGCGGCUGAAGCGGAAGCGAAGAGUGAAAACAACGAUGAAAAUGCGUCUCCUUCCAAGACGCAGGCAUCCGUUCAAGCUGACAAUACGCCGCAGCAGUCGACACAAGAUGAUACUGAGAUGAAGAAUUCUAGUGAAUCGUCGAGUCCGAAGCAUAAGGAACAGGUGCAGUCAUCUCCAUCUAAAACUAGCAACGGAGUGAACGGGUUAGCGGAACCUGCUGCUAAGAAGCAAAGAACGAGUCCAAAAACUCCUGAAGAUGCCACUCCAGCUAAGGAAGCCGGAUCGUCGUCUCUGAUUCUCUCACGUGACGAUAUGGCAAAGAUGGAGGAGGACAGCGGUCGACUGAAGUUUGAUGUGAUCACAAACGAUGGUACUGACGAACAUAUGAUCCAGCUCACGACUCUGAAGAAUAUCUUUGCGAAACAACUGCCAAAGAUGCCGAAGGAGUAUAUUGUACGCCUGGUUUUCGAUAAGAACCACCGCUCCAUGCUCCUUCUCAAGAAUGGUACCCACGUUAUUGGCGGUAUCUGUUACCGACCGUUCGAGAAGAACCAAUUCGCAGAGAUUGCGUUCUGUGCCAUCAAUGCCUCGGACCAGGUGAAAGGAUACGGCACGCGGCUGAUGAACCACUUGAAGGAAUACGUCAAGACCAAGAACAUCACGCACUUCCUUACGUACGCCGACAACUACGCUAUUGGAUAUUUCAAGAAGCAAGGCUUCACGAAGAGUGUGUCGAUGGCUCGGCCGAACUGGUAUGGCUACAUCAAGGAUUACGACGGUGGGACGCUGAUGGAGUGCACAAUUCACACCCAGAUCAACUAUUUAAGGAUCACGUCAAUGAUUCAUCAGCAGCGCAAUGCAAUCCUAGACAAGAUCCAGGAGCGAUCUCGUGCAAAGACAGUGUACGAUGGUCUGACAACCUUUGCAGAGGGAAGGCUGAUGGACAUUUACAUGGUUCCUGGCGUCAAGGAAGCUGGCUGGUCACAGGCUACAAUCCGCAAUAACCGUAUCGGAACUCGCGAUCAAGGCAGCUUAAAGGCACAGCUCUCACAGCUGCUCAAGGCAGUGUCCAACCAUCGGAGUGCAUGGCCAUUCCAUGAGCCCGUGGACACCAGUGUCGUGGUUGACUACCUUGACCACAUUAAGGAACCCAUAGACCUCCAACUAAUCAGCAAGCGCAUCGACAGUGGAGCCUAUAUUUCCAAGGCUGCGUUCAAAGUAGACCUAGAGAAGAUGUGCGACAACUGCAUGCUCUACAAUACGCCGGACACCAACUACUACAAGGCCGCUAUCGACCUCAAAGAGUUCAUUCAGUCUCGAAUUCAGAUUAGGGAUCUCAAGUAG